GCUCCCGGAAGUGGCUUCGCACCGUUACGAGGCCUCGUACCGAGCGGCGAUACCGCGGCCCCGGCCCGGUCCCGCCAUGGAGACCUGGGUGCGCUUCAGCGCCCAGAGCCAGGCCAAGGAGCGGCUCUUCAGGGCCGCCCAAUACGCCUGUGCCCUGGCGGGGGACACGCUGAGGAGAAACGGGGCGAGCGCCGGGGUCGUGGCCAGCGUUCGGCAGCUGGAGGCUCACCUCAGCCUGGGCCGCAAGCUGCUGCGGCUGGGCAGCUCGGCCGAGGCGUUGGAGGCGGCGAAACGAGCCAUUCACCUGUCGGACAUGGUGCUGCGGUUCUGCGUCACCCUCAGCCACCUGAACAGGGCCAUGUACUUCGCCUGCGACAACGUCCUCUGGGCGGGAAAAACGGGCCUCGUCCCCAGCGUGGACCAGGAGAAAUGGAGCCAGAGAUCCUUCAGGUAUUAUCUCUUUGCGCUCGUCGUGAACCUGAGCCGGGAUGCUUACGAGAUCCGGAUCCUGAUGGAGCACGAGGCAAGCGGGAGGCGAACGAAAGGCAACGAGAACGGCCGCCAGCUCCGGGCUGACAACGGUCUCCAACAAUUGGGCUUGAGGCUUCAGGUCCAGCUCCGGCUUUUGAUCCGCGUCCUUCGGAACAACCCUCCUCUGCUGUUGGACGUGGUGAAAAAUAUCUGCGACCUUUUUAUCCCCCUGGACAAACUGGGGCUGUACAAAACCAACCCGGGCUUUGUGGGGCUGUGCGGCCUCACCUCCUCCAUCCUCUCCAUCCUCACCAUCCUUCAUCCCUGGCUUAAAUUGAAGCCUUAGUUAUCCCCGGAGCCUGCCCGCCAGCUCACAGCCAGCGUAGGCAGUUAUUUGGGGACCCCAGAGGGGAGGAGGGGGUUACUCCUGGGGUUGGGACGCGACUCAAGCCGACUGUCUCGGUCCCGUUGCGUGCGGCUACGCGUUCGCGUCACGCCUGGCUGCUUUAACCGUGGACACGGGAGGGGGUUCGGCGUCGGAGCCCGCAGGGAUCUGCUCCGCCUGCCUCGGCUCCCUGCGUCGCCGGCGAGGAGGGCGAUACUCAACGGACCUAAAUUUGGUUCUUUUCCCCAUCGACUGUAGAGCCUUUCUGGCUAUUUUAGGGGUUUAACGUUUCCCCUCCCUCUUUUAAGGGGGGUUCAACCCAGAACUAGUCAAGAGGGAAUUAUUUGGGGUCGCUGGGUGCUUGUCCCAGACUGGGGGGGUGGUUAAACUGCAGGGUGGGGGUGAGUCUAGUGCUGGCCAGGCCCAUCCAAGGCCUUUUUUUUUUUGUUGUUUUUGACGCUUUAUCUUCCUUUUAAGAAAUGGUGAGUGUGGGCAGAGAGAGGGUGAGUUGAAAAGACUCUGGCCGCAGGUGAGCCGGGCCCAGCUGGGUGUUCGGAGGGGAGCGCGGGGUAAGUCCUGGGUUCUUGGCCGGUCCCGCUCUGCCGGUGGGUUUGAGGUGAGAUCGGGGCAGGGGGAUUUCUCCGGAGGAAAAUAUUUGCUUCCUGCACCUUCCCCGCCAUCCCAGCGAGUUGUGCCGAGCCUCGGGGUCGCUCCCAGCUCUCCCCGCCUGGAUUCCUCCGUGUCUGAGAACGGAGAGGGGACUCGGGCAGCCCGAGCUGCCGGGAAGAAGCCGGGACCUUUCCAUCCGCCUCCUCCCUCUGCCCAGAGCAGCGCAGCCUCGUCCCGCCGAGCCUUUGCUGCGGUUUUGCCUUUUAGAUAUCCCUUUUAGUGGCUUUUUUGGGGAUAAAUCGGGGAGAGGGCGGCUCGGUGCCGUGAUUCCCUGCAGCGGGUGUUCCCCCUUGCUUUUCCCUCUGAGCUGGCGCUGCCACCUCGCUACGUUUUCUCGUUUUCCUUGGUUUCCGUGACACCAGAUAACGCUCCCUACGCCCGGCGAUGGGCUCGUCCUGGCUCUAAAGAGCGUUUUACUUAACUGCCGACUGACGGACGCGCUCCGAGCCGAUGAUUAUUUGUAUCCAGAGGUGGGCUGUUCCUCGGCCCGUCCCCGGGAGGGAGAUAACGGAGGGAGGGAGAUAACGGAGGGAGGGAGCGACCUUAAAACCCGCUGGUGUCUUUUUUUUUGAGCUCUAGCAGCUCCGUGCACAAACAGCUCGGGCUUCACCCGCUUCCAGGUACGUCUGCGCGGUGGCAGAGGCGGUUUUUAGUCCGGACUCAGCUCCAGGACCUCUCUGGCACUUUCCGUUUGGCAUCUCCCGGUUUUCCGUGGGCUCCGGAGCGAUCCAGGCAGGGAAUCUCAUUUCCAGCACCUGCGGCAAAUCCCCUUGCCGCGCUUUUGAGCCGACAAAAGAUCGGUGGGAGAAGCCGGGAAGGCAAAUGAGCUCGUUUCAUCUUUUUCCUUGAGCUCUUCCUCCCUCUCUCCAGGGGAAAAUGAGUUUGUCGGUGCUCAGCCCCGGUUCCCUUCGGUCCCCAGCACCGCGGCAGGGCGCUCCCGGCUUCCCCGGCACCGCGGCCGGUUUGAGUGAUCCGGCAAAGCCCCGAGUUCCAGCUUCACCCACGAUUCCAUAAAUUCCCUUAGAGGGGAGGAAAAUCAUCGCUAAUUAGGGAAGGGCCUUCGUUAGCCGGUACCGUAGGGGUGGGGCGGAUGGGUGGGCUUGGCAGCGGUGACGAGGGUGACCCCACCGUGGGGGGCCGGGGGGUCCUCAGUGUUCUGCCCCACACCGGGAGGUCUGGGCCUCGGGGGAUUACUGCAAAAAUACUGUUAAUAAAAAUGUGUAUGUAAUUUAUG